GCUCCUAUUUACCCCAUUCAACAACACACCUUUGACGCUCGCUAGUUUUUCCUCUCUCUCUCUCUCUCUCUCUCUCUCUCUCUUUCUCUCUCACCCUUGUCCUGCAUGAAGCGCUGGCGCGCCGCGGAGGGAGAGAGAGCGCGAGAGAAAAAGAGAGAGAGAGAGAGAGCGCAGACUCACUGGGAUAUAUACACACGCAAUAUCAUAGCGGCAGACAGUCGACACGCGGCACUCGUACAAGGUGGAUCUCCUCGCGCUUUCCUUCCUGUUGUUGAGGGAGAGAAAGAAAGAAGAGAUUCAAUAGCAAUAAACGACGAGGAGGAAAGUGAAGUGUUUUAUCUCGUCUCUUUACUCCGCUCGCAAGAAUAACAAUAUCAUCGAGGAGAAUCUCCGCGAUAUUGUUACAAGUUGAAUCCAUUAUUCGCUAUUAAUCGUGAUCGCUUCUUAUUACGCGAUGAUUUCGUCGUCGUCGUCGUCGUCGUUAUCGUUCGUCAAUGGAAAGAAGAAGAGGUACAUUAUUGCGACGAGAUUUCCCCAUCGAAUAUCCGGCUCGUGCACGGAUCUUCGCAUCGCGGAGCGCUCUUAGUAUGCCACGUGCCGGCACCUAGAAAAAGAUCGAUCGGAGACCUCGCUCGAUCGCGCCAGCGAAACAAGUCCAGUCUUCCUUUCUCUUUCCCUCUCACGGAAAGAUAUUUCCUUGUCGAAGCAGCUGGACGUGAUUUCCAAACUUCGUGGAAGAACGAUGAUCAUAGGUGGAUGUAACCGAAAUUAACUGAAGUUAAUCGCAGCAAGGAUAUCAUAUAUCUAUCGAAGAGAAUUGAUCCUUUCAAAAUAUAUAUCGUGCACGUUUAUUGGAGGACAAAUAACUGAAAUAUAUAAAAUCAAGCCCUCACGCGCUCCGAUAAUAAGUAGCCGGCGUGAAACCGGCCACGAGACCGUGUCCCUGGCUAUGGGCAAGCUCUUAAUAAUCCCUCGAAGUGAUACUACUCGCGACAACGUCAGGGUGAACAGCGAAGGGGAGGAGAGAACGACGGCAACGGCGGCGAUUGUCGUCGGGUCCAGCGCGACGAGUGGCGCGAUCGCCGAUAGCGCUGCCGCCGAUCGCGAUCGUCGAUUCCUUAUCGCGUCGAUACUCGGCAACGGCCUGCCGAGGAGAGAAUGCGCGCGCGAACAUCCGAUCUCGGAGAUCGUUGAGGCGACGAGGACAGCGAUAAGCAAUGUCGCCCGAAGUGAUCUCGUCGAGCGGAGCAACAUUCUUGGGACGGACGCGGAACGUUGGAGCGCCAGGGUUGCCGUCGAGGAUCGUCGCACUUGUUGCGUCUCGAGCGUCCACGUCGCUUCGUAUUUCGCGCGCAGACGAGCCCGCGAUCGAGCGAUCCGCCGCGAUGAUAUCACCAGACGUUCGUCAUUCAUCGAGCGGCGAAAUCGUCGACGUGCUGUCAGCUGCUCGCUAACUCGUGACAGAUCUGUCAUUGCGCCGAUCGAUGUCACGGAUAUCGAGAAAGUACCAUGUAGUACAGUGGAUGAUAAUAUUACAAUCAGACGUGAGGAUCGAAAUCGAUUCUCCGUUCCGUCCGCAUGUACCGCCAAUCAAGUUUCCAUGUGUGAUGCAUGUAUUUUAUCCGAUAGUACCGUAAAUAACGCGUUCGCACACGUCGGCGGAUCGCCGAGAACUGUUCUCAAGAAUCGAGAUCGUAUCGGCAUCGAUGCGGAAAACAUUUCGCCCGAUAAUAAUAUCUGCAAUUCCGCUAGACUGAUCGGUUUCAUUAAAUCCUCGUGUAUCUUCGCCGAAGAGAUAGUACAUCGAAGAAACGCAUCGUCUUCACCGCGAUUCCCGGCGAGAAUCGAUCGCGGUGGACAAACCUGGCGGAUCAAGACGUAUUGGAGAUUGCCAAGGAUCGGCCUCGUUCUACGAGCUUUUCUACUGGGACUACUCGUGAUGAGUUUGCUCUGCGAUGUAGUGCUGACCGCGCCGCCGUCAUCGUCGUCGUCGUCGUUAUCGGCUUCGGAGGUGAUGGACAUCUUUGAGGAUGGCAUCGAAGAGGAGGAGCUGGCGAUACCGAGAAAAAAAUUCGGCAACGAGUUAGAGAUUAUCAGAAGCAGCAUUGUGCAAGGUCUUGGACUUCAGAGGAUACCUGAUCCUUCGAAGGCUAACGUGAGCCAGGCCGAGUACGAAAGAGCGCACAGAGAGUACCUGAAACAAAUGCAGCUGUUACAUGACGGACAGGAGCCUAGAAGACGGCGGGAUCUCCACGUAUUUCAAGCCGCAGAGCAUCCGGGGAACAAAUCAAGCGUUAACUGGAGAGGAGGGAAUCACCGUCACUUCCUGUACUUUCCCGUCGCGGUUUCCGACGACAUCGAAGAUCAUGUCACGGUCGAUCACGCGUCUCUGAGAUUCUUUCUUCAAGGCGAUCAUAGACGCCCGAGCGAUGUGGAGGUGCUGGUUUAUCUCUGCACGCCGACCUCCCGGCGUCUUCUGUUGCGGCACAGAAUUUCUCAGAUGCAGUCGAUGGGCUCCCGAUGGUUGGAGUUGGAUUUCACCAAAGCGGCCGCUAACUGGUUGGAGCGAAACCUGGAUAACCAUGGUCUCGAGCUAGAGUUCCUUCACGACGGCCGACCGACGCGACGUGAUAUCUCUUAUACAACCUUGAACGUAUUCACCACGUUUGAAUCAGGUGGCAGAAGAAAAAGAUCCACCCCCGAGGAGCUUAUGCCGCUGCAUAAGGGACGGCGUAGCAAGUGCAAGGGCGACAAUAACAAAAAAUGCUGCCGGCACGAAUUGACGGUGAUGUUCAAGGACUUGGAAGGCUUCGAAUUCAUUGUGUAUCCGAAAGGUUUCGACGCCGGAUACUGCAAGGGUCGUUGCCCGCCCCGCUACAAUCCGGCGCAUCAUCAUGCGCUAUUACAAAGCCUGUUAUGGAAAGAGGACCGGAAGAGGGUACCUAAGCCGUGCUGCGCACCCAGCAAACUAGAUCAGCUGAUGAUCGUCUACUUUGACGAGAACGAUUCGACUCAGCUGAAGGUGUCUUACUGGAAGAGCAUCCAGGUACUGGAAUGUGCCUGCUCGUGAGGAAGAGGAACAAAAGAAAAAAAGUGAAACAGUCUACCAUCUCUAUUAGAGUCUACACUCUACCAUCGCCGAGGACUCACCAAAGAAUUGUCCGAAUUACGGUUCGGUGAUGCCACACAUGAUUGCAUAAAAAAAUGUGUAUGUGUGUGUAUUUAUAUACACACACACACACAUAUACAUAUAUACGCUAAUAAUUAUUAAUAAAUACAUUAAAUAAAGACGAAAAUAUAAAUACACUAUAAUCAACUAAGUAAUUUUAGGAUUCUUGCAUAUCUCCGCGAUAAUAUCCUUUUAGAUUUCCAUUUUUUUUUUUUUUUGUUUAGAUUCCUACGAUGAUCCGAGGCAUUACCGAACACGUCAGACCCUGUAAUUCGUUUAGGGUCUUGUAUUGACUGUGAUACUAACGAUAUUUACACAUCAUUAUAUUCCUUAUUACGCAACGGUCGCGUAGUUUAUAUCAUUAGGAUAGCUUUGCUAUAUUUGAAUUUGAUUAAAAACAAAAGAAUAAAACAGGUCGCUGUAACGAACUCUCAUUGCAUCAUUGUACACUCUAAUAUUGUCGACAGUUAUAGCGAUGACGAUGACUACGACUAUGAUAGUCACAUCAAUUCGUUUUUCAAUGGGGAGAAUGUUCUCUUCCCUCUACGAAAUGCCAUCAUUGUAUAUCUAUAACGCGUCUCUUUUUUUCUAUAUGUUAAUUUAUUACAAACACGCAGGUUUUUAUGCGAAAUAAUUUAUGGGUCGUAAAUCUAUCUAUUAACAUAAAAAAAAUGUGACGGAAUUAAAAUUCUAUCAAAUCUAUUUUAUAUUGUAUAUCAAGGUUUUAUUAGUUCCUAUAUAGUAUUACGAAUAGAAUCUCGAGCAUCUUCUAAACCUGUCUAAAUUCUUCCACUAAUGCAACCUAACGAUUACAAAUACAUAUGUUACAUUCUUAUAAAAUUUCAGUAUAUUUUGUAUGAAAUCUCCGAAUUAAUCGAUAACCGCCGUACGUAUAUAAAUUAUAUGCAUGUUGUAAGCAUUUUGAGCUCUCUAUCUGUGAAAUAAUAUUUAUUUUAACUAGGAAAUAUAACAUAUCGUGUACAUUUAUCGUACGCGUGAUAAAAUCAAUAAUAAAUAUUGUUAUCUACGCGUCAAUAUUAAAUUGUAUAAAAUUUUUGUAAUACGUUUUAUUCGUAUGCACUAUUGUAAAUUAUGAUCUAAUUAAUCAUCAGCGGCAUAUUAUCGUCAUUAUUCCUGUCUCUCUUAAACGAUUAUCAACAAAAUAUCUGAUCAUGGAUAUUUAUUUAUAACGCGAAGUCUUAAAAAUAUAUAAUCUAUAUCAAUUUUCAAUAAAAUAUAUUUAUUUUUUUCUCUUUUAUUUUACAGGCAUUUAAAUAAAUUAUAAUUUUAUAAAAUGAUACAAAAUUAUAAUUAAUUUAAUAUUCGUAGCGAAAACCAUCCUAGGAAGUCAUUACUUUCCACA